CACUGCUGCGUCUGCGGCCAGAGCGGGGCCACCAUCCUGUGCUGCAAAGAAGGCUGCGACAGAUGGUUCCACCUGCCCUGUGCCAAGGAGGGCGGCUGUGUGACACAGUACAUUGUUCCAUUUAGGGCCUACUGCCCUGAGCACCGUCCAAAGCAGGACGUGCAGGUGACUCCAGAGCCGGGCACCGAAUGCCCCAUCUGCAUGGAGCCAGUGGAGGACAGGAAGACGUUCAACACCAUCGUGUGCCCGGCGUGCAAAAGAGCCUGGUUCCACAGGGACUGCCUCCAGGUGGGAGCCAUGCCCUCAGGCCUGGGACACAGCAGGUGCUCAGCAGCAUUCGUCCUUCUGCUGCCCCCUCUGCAGAGACCACUGCCAACAUGGGAGGACAACAAUGCCUUUGCAGAUCUAGGAGAGAGGCACAACACGUGCAAUGCCAGGGAAUGCCUUUACCCAGGAGGCAGGGAGGAGGCAGAGGAAGAGGGGCCCUGGAAGCUGCUCCUGUGCUCCUCCUGUGCUGCCGAGGGCACCCACAGGCGCUGCUCUGGCCUGACA